UACAGAACGUUGUUCAGUCUACAUCAAUUUUAAUUGUGAUUUUUUCGGUAAAGUUCGUUGUGAUAAAAAUGGAAAACCCAAGCGAGUUUACUGAGAAACAGCCACCUACCCACCUGCCGGGUGUGAACGAGGUGGCCCAAAAGUUUAUCGCCGAUUUGGACGAGAAACAGCCACCCAACCAAGACCAACCUACCCAGGAGCAACCUGCCAAGGAGCAACCUACCAAGGAGCAACCUACCAAGGAGCAACCUACCAAGGAGCAACCUUCCCACCUGCCGGGUGUGAACGAGGUGGCCCAAAAGUUUCUCGCCGAUUUGGACAAGAAACAGCCACCCAACCAAGACCAACCUACCCAGGAGCAACCUACCAAGGAGCAACCUGCCAAGGAGCAAUCUACCAAGGAGCAACCUACCAAGGAGCAACCUACCCACCUGCCGCGCGUGAACGAGGUGGCCCAAAAGUUUCUCGCCGAUUUGGACAAGAAACAGCCACCCAACCAAGACAAACCUACCCAGGAGCAACCUAGCAAGGAACAACCUACCAAGGAGCAACCUACCAAGGAGCAACCUACCCACCUGCCGCGUGUGAACGAGGUGGCCCAAAAGUUUCUCGCCGAUUUGGACGAGAAACAGCCACCCAGCCAAGAUCAACCUACCCAGGAGCAACCUACCAAGGAGCAACCUGCCAAGGAGCAACCUACCAAGGAGCAACCUACCAAGGAGCAACCUACCAAGGAGCAACCUACCAAGGAGCAACCUACCAAGGAGCAACCUACCCAGGAGCAACCUAGCAAGGAGCAACCUGCCAAGGAGCAACCUACCCACCUGCCGCGUGUGAACGAGGUAGUCCAAAAGUUUCUCGCCGAUUUGGACGAGGAGCGCAAGCGAUUGUCCGCGGAGUUUCCACUUUGCGCACUGCUAAUAGACGAGGCUGUGGACCGUGUCUACGGCACUGGUCAUAUUCCCGGCAAGGAGCGCUUUUCAGACGUGUACCAGCAGAAGCCGAUGAAGAUUACCCAAAAGGUCUUCGUGCCCGUUAAUCAGUUUCCCAAGUUCAACUUCGUUGGCAAGAUCCUCGGGCCCAAGGGGAACUCACUGCGUCGCCUUCAGGAGGAGAGCCAGUGCAAGAUUGCCAUUAAGGGUCGCAGUUCGAUCCGCGAUCGUAACAAAGAGGAGCAGCUGCGCAGCUCCGGCGACCGGAGAUAUGCCCAUCUUGAGAAGAAUCUCUUUCUGGAGGUCAGCACGGUGGCCCCUCCGGCGGAGUGCUAUGCCCGCAUAGCCUACGCCCUGGCCGAGAUCCGAAAGUAUCUUAUUCCAGACGAUAACGACGAGGUUUGGCACGAGCAGCAGCGCGAGCUGAUGGAAAUGAAUCCCGAGUUGGCCAAAAACACUAAAGGACUCAAUCUGCCUGCCUACAGAUCUGUCUUUGAAAAGAUGAUUGGAGGCAACAGAACUGGGGUUCCCAAGUACAACAAACUGAUUAAGCGAGAUAAGGAAAAUCCGCCCGAAGUCGCCGAUAUGGAGGAGGUGGCCUAUGAUUAUGAUGAACAUCGUAUGCCCCCCAGUCGUCCGUCUGUGGGCUAUGAGAACAUCAUACCACGUCCAUCAAUAAUAGCGACAAAGGCUGCGCCAUUUAAACGUCCAUAUCCGUAUCCGACUGACAUGAAUCGUAUGCGCGAACCGCCCAUCAAGUCCUAUAAACCCAAUUCGCAUACAAUACUUAAAAAGUUUAUAAAUAAUAGUGCUCCGGUUGAUUUUGUCGCACCCCGCUAUACAAGAAAACAAAGGACAAUGCUUGCGUUAUAAAAUCCAUGCUGGGAGCACAUUGAAAAUACUUUAAUCAAGAAGAAAGUAGCAUUCAAAAUGAUGCU